AUGUGCGCGCGCUCGGAGGCCGUGGAGCUGGAGGUGCUGGGCGCGGAGGGCGAGAUCCGUCUGCCUCCGCGACCCCUGCGGCUCUCCCUCCUCGAGCUGUUCGGCAAGCUGGUGCGACGAGACCAGCCCGCCGCGCCGCGCCGCCGCAACAGGCACAACCAUCGUUUCCGUACCUUCGUUGCCUGCGUCAUCGAUGAAAAGAUCGAUCGUUUGAGUUCGCUGUGUCUUCAGAAGAGCAUCGUUAGACGCGACCAAAGACAACGGUUUAUUUUUAAUUUAAUGAAUUGCGUUUUCAGCAUAUUUCAAUUUGUUUUGUUACAUAAAGUAACGACUCUUAAGCUUGGACUGUUUUUUGUUACAGAGAAUGAACGGAGAAUUAAAGCGAACAACAGGGAGUACAACGCUCAGUUCAGAUAUGCCAACAACUACAUCAAGACAUCAAAGUAUUCAAUAAUAACGUUCCUGCCAUUGAAUCUUCUGGAGCAGUUCCAGCGGUUGGCGAACUUCUACUUCCUCUGCCUGCUGGUGUUACAACUGAUACCUGCCAUAUCAUCGUUGACGCCCAUCACCACCGCUAUACCACUGAUAGGUGUGCUCGCGCUAACAGCUGUUAAGGACGCCUAUGACGACUUUCAACGUCAUCAGAACGACUCACAAGUGAACCACAGGCGCGCUAAAACAUUGAGGAACGGUAAGCUAGUUGAAGAGAAAUGGGCGUCAGUUCAAGUUGGGGAUGUGAUACGACUGGAAAAUGACCAGUUUGUCGCCGCAGACAUCCUAUUGCUCAGCAGUUCGGAGCCUAACGGACUUUGCUACAUAGAAACAGCUGAGUUGGACGGGGAGACGAAUUUAAAAUGUCGUCAAUGUCUUCUGGAGACGGCCGCUAUGGGUCAAGACGACGCUCAGCUGGGAGCGUUCGAUGGAGAGAUCGUCUGUGAGACGCCUAACAACCUUCUAAAUAAGUUUGAAGGUACAUUGAGUUGGCGUGAACAGCACUUCUCUUUGGACAAUGAUAAGAUACUGCUCCGCGGCUGUGUACUGCGGAACACGUCGUGGUGCUACGGAGUGGUCGUGUUCGCGGGCAAAGAUACAAAACUCAUGCAGAACUCGGGGAAGACCAAGUUCAAGAGGACCAGCAUUGACCGACUACUCAACUUCCUUAUUAUAGGGAUAGUGUUGUUCCUGUUGUCGAUGUGUGUGUUCUGUACGUGCGCGUGCGGUGUGUGGGAGUGGCUGAUUGGUCGCUACUUCCAGUCCUACCUGCCCUGGGACACGCUAGUACCAGCGGAGCCGGCGCCGGGUGCAUUAGUUAUAGCGCUGCUAGUGUUCUUCUCAUAUGCUAUAGUCAUGAACACUGUUGUGCCCAUAUCUUUAUACGUCUCCGUUGAGGUCAUAAGAUUUGCACAAAGUUUUCUUAUAAAUUGGGAUGAGAACAUGUAUUACGAAAAGACUGGAACAGCUGCUAAGGCGAGGACUACGACGCUGAACGAGGAACUGGGUCAGAUACAGUACAUAUUCUCAGACAAGACGGGUACAUUGACACAGAACAUAAUGACCUUCAACAAGUGUUCCAUAGCUGGCGUGUGUUAUGGAGACGUGGUGGACGAGAACACCGGCGAGACCAUCGAACUGACAGACCGCAAGCGGACCGGCGGGGGAGGAGCGCGGGCGGCGGGCCCCCUCGGAGGAGCGGCGGGGGGCCCGGCGGGGGCCGGCGGCGGGGGCCCGGCGGGGGCGGGGGGGCCUCGCGCGCGACUACUGGACCUCGAGCACGAGCAGGGCCGCAGCACGCCCGGCGCCACCACACGGCCACACAGUACUGAGCCGCUCGAUUUCUCCGACAACCCGGAGUACGAGCCGGAGUUCAAGUUCUUCGACUCAAAGCUGCUGAAGGCUGUCCGCCGCGGAGACCGACACGUGUUCGACUUCUUCAGACUGCUGGCCCUCUGUCACACCGUCAUGCCCGAACAGAAGAACGGAAGAUUGGAGUAUCAGGCACAAUCGCCGGACGAAUCGGCUCUGGUGUCAGCGGCGAGGAAUUUUGGUUUUGUGUUCAGAGAACGCUCGCCUAAUACAAUUACUAUAGAAGUUAUGGGUAAAACGGAGGUGUAUGAGUUGUUAUGUAUAUUAGAUUUUAAUAAUGUUAGGAAAAGAAUGUCCGUGAUAUUGAAGAAGGAUGGUGAAAUUAGGUUAUAUACAAAAGGUGCUGAUAAUGUUAUAUACGACAGAUUAAAACGGAACAGCCAGGAGGAGGUCAGGUUGAAGACGCAGGAGCAUUUAAAUAAAUUCGCCGGCGAGGGGCUUCGUACUUUAGCGCUGGCGUGGCGCCCCCUGGAGGAGCGGGGCUUCGCGGAGUGGAAGAGGAGGCACCAGGCCGCCGCCCUCGCGCUCCGGGACAGGGACGAGAGGCUCGACGCUAUAUACGAGGAGAUAGAAACUGACCUCAUGCUGCUCGGCGUGACAGCCAUAGAAGACAAGUUACAGGACGGAGUACCGGAAACAAUAGCUAACCUUAGUAUGGCCGGCAUCAAGAUAUGGGUAUUGACUGGAGACAAACAAGAGACGGCCAUCAACAUCGGUUAUUCCUGUCAGCUGUUGACGGACGACAUGGCCGAGGUGUUCGUCAUAGAUGGCGUGUCACAUGACGACGUGGAGCGACAACUGGCCAAGUGCAGGGACUCCAUACACGUCGUGAGCACCUUCCUGCCGCACGGUUCGGAGCCAAAGAGUUGUAGUUCGGAGGCUAACGGCGGGGCCGUUCCUCGUCCGUCCCCUGGCAGAGCUGCCAACGUGAAGCUGAACGCGCCCGCCGUGUCCGUCGUCACAUUUAGGUGGGAACAAAGCUUAGCACACAGUAAUGAGUACGCAUCCGGAGGUCCCUAUUCUACGGACGCCAGUGACCACAACGAUGACACGAACGGGUUCGCUAUAGUUGUUAACGGACACUCACUCGUACACUGUCUACAUCCCAAACUGGAGGAGAAAUUCUUAGACGUGGUAUUGAAGUGUCGUUCCGUGAUCUGUUGUCGAGUGACGCCGCUACAGAAGGCCAUGGUGGUGGAGCUCAUUAAGAAGAGUCGGAAGGCGGUCACCCUCGCGAUAGGGGACGGCGCUAACGACGUGUCUAUGAUCAAAGCGGCACACAUUGGUGUGGGUAUAUCAGGCCAGGAGGGCAUGCAGGCUGUGUUGGCCUCAGACUAUUCGAUAGCUCAGUUCCGUUUCCUACAGCGGCUGCUGUUGGUCCACGGUCGAUGGUCCUACUACCGAAUGUGCAAGUUCCUCAGAUAUUUCUUCUAUAAGAACUUUGCUUUCACCGUAUGUCAUUUCUGGUUCGCGUUCUUCUGUGGAUUCAGUGCACAGACGGUGUUCGAUGAGAUGUUCAUCUCAGUAUACAACUUGUUCUACACGUCUCUGCCUGUGCUGGCUCUGGGUGUGUUCGAGCAGGACGUGUCGGACACCACGUCCUUACAGUUCCCGAAGCUGUACGCGCCCGGACACACCAGCCAGCUGUUCAAUAAGACGGAGUUCAUAAAGUCCACUCUACACGGAUGUUUCACGUCGCUCGUACUGUUCCUUAUACCAUACGGAACGUACAAGGAUGGUCUGGCGCCCGAUGGCAAGAUAUUAUCCGAUCACAUGCUGUUAGGAAGCGUAGUAGCCACUAUAUUAAUCAUAGAUAACACGACACAAAUCGCCCUGGACACGACGUACUGGACCGUGUUCAAUCACAUCACCAUCUGGGGUUCCUUGGUGUCGUACUUCGUGUUGGACUACUUCUAUAACUACGUGAUCGGCGGACCCUACGUGGGGUCUCUCACGGUCGCGCUCACACAGGCUACGUUCUGGUUCACGGCCGUGUUGACUAUGAUGAUCCUCAUGGUGCCGGUGGUGUCGUGGCGGCUGGCCUGCUCGCGGCGGCGGCCCACGCUGGCGGAGAGACUCCGCGCCCGCACCCGCUGGCGCCGCGCCGCCGCCGCGCCCGCGCCGCGCACGCCGUCAGCACGCCGGGCGCGGCGCUCGGUGCGCUCCGGAUACGCGUUCGCCCACCAGGAGGGCUUCGGUCGGCUCAUCACCUCCGGCAAGAUCAUGCGUCGCAUCCCGCACGCGGACGCCGCGCUGUCCGCGCUGGCGUCUCUGCCGGGCAAGUUCCACCCGCGGGCGAGCACGCCGCCGCCGUCCGUGUCCCCCGCCCCCCCGCCCCCCCCGCCGCCCCCCCCCCGCGCGCCCAAGCAGGACCUGGACUCCGUGGACUUAUAA